AUGGAGUUACAAAAGGAUAUUUCCGACCAUACACAAAAAGGAUCACCUAUUCCCGAGUUGUCCGGAAAACGGAGGCCUAAUAGCAUGACGGAAGGGCAAUUUCGGGGGUCUCCCAACCGAUCUCUGACAAGUGCCGGGAAAUCUAAGAAGAUAACGUCUACAUUUCCGAUACCAGCCGAAGCCGACUCUCAGGCAGAGACAUCCGGACGAGGUAAAAGGAAAGGAAUACUCGAACGUCGUAACACAUAUAACGCGGAAGCUAUUUCCGGAAAUUUCACAAUCAAUGAGGAGACGCAAAAGUGGGCCGAGAACGUUAAGAGACGUCUAUCAAAGAAAAAGGAAAAGGACGAUGAUGACGAAGGGGCCAUAAUUGGUACAAGGAUUGGCGAGGAUCAUGUUAAUUAUGUUCUCAUGUAUAACAUGUUAACUGGAAUUCGUGUGGGAGUUUCACGAUGCAACGCGAAACCCCUGAGGAAAUUGAACGAUGCCGACUUCAAGGCUGCUCACAAAUUAGUAUUCGAUAUAACGGGUAACGAACUUACGCCGUCGGCAAAAUACGAUUUCAAAUUCAAGGAUUAUGCACCUUGGGUUUUCCGUAGUCUUCGUGAAUUCUUCCGAAUUGACGCCGCGGAUUACCUGGUCUCUCUGACAAGCAAAUACAUUUUGUCCGAACUAAAUUCACCCGGGAAAAGUGGAAGUUUCUUUUAUUUUUCACGUGACUAUCGGUUUAUUAUUAAGACUAUACAUCACACCGAGCACAAAUUCUUACGCAAGAUAUUAAAAGAAUAUUAUGAACAUGUGAGCAAGAAUCCUGACACGCUCCUCUCUCGUUUUUAUGGUCUACACCGCGUGAAAUUACCCAAUGGACCAAAAAUUCACUUUGUGGUGAUGAACAAUAUUUUCCCCCCUCACCGAGACAUUCAUGAAACAUACGAUUUAAAGGGUUCAACAGUUGGUCGCGAAUACAACGAAGUUCAGGCAGCAAACAAGCCGCUCGCCGUGCUUAAAGAUCUAAAUUGGAUCAAACGUGGUCGUCAUUUGGAGCUUGGACCCGAAAAAAGAAAGUUAUUGGUUGAUCAACUUAAAAAAGACGUCAAGUUACUCCAACGGUUGAACAUAAUGGACUAUAGUCUUCUCAUCGGCCUGCAUGACACUUCCCGCGGUAACAAGGAUAACAUUCGCGAAGAUUUAUUUGUGUUUCAGCCCGACACGAAGAAGAUCGAGCGCACACCAUCGAACUAUAAACGGGAAAGUAAGGCCUCACAAUUGCGUAAAGCCGUAGGCAAAGCUGACCCUGUCAGAUUGGGUUCCUCCACUAAACUUGUAUUGGACGCUCACAACGAACGCCGCAAGUGUGCAUUUUACAUGGAUAAUGGAGGCUUUGCCGGUACUGACGAAAACAAUAACCCCACCAAUUACAUAUAUUACUUAGGAAUUAUUGAUAUCUUGACUCCUUAUAACACCGUCAAAAAGGUUGAACACGCCUGGAAGUCAAUCAAUAAUGAUAAGAAAAUGAUAUCUGCUGUGCAUCCUCGCUGGUACGGUCGACGCUUCUUGAGUUUCAUGAUCAAGACCAUUAAGCAUAACGAUGAUAUACAAAUCGAAAACGAUAAGGACAAGGAGAACACGGAAAAUUUCGUUUCAGAAUCAUAG